AUGUGGCAGCAAUUCGCAUCCGUAAUUUAAAGAAAUGACCUUGUUGUAAAUAAAUUAUUUGCGGAACGUUUUUCAUUUAAUUCAAUUUAACGUUAAGAGUUGUGUUUUAGUGUUUUCAAUGUUGAUUUUUAGUGUGCGCGCGUAUUCUUGAUCAAGUGUGGAAAACUGUGGUCUCGGGUCGUCGUUUCCUUCCGGUUUGUUUAUGUCGACACACCGCAUCGGCGUCGUUAAUAUGGAAGCCUCGCGUAUAUUUCUCCGAUUUGUUCCAAAUAUUAUCUGGCUGCCGUCAUCUCACUGCUAAUUUAUGAUUCCUCAAAUGAACCUUUUGCAUUUUAUUUUAUUUAUUUAUUUAUUGCGUACACGCAUAGUGUCGUAACUUGAGGACUUCGCCUGGCAUUGCUGUACGGUUUUUGAAAGACCUCCUCGUCAAUGACAAUGUCUCUGUGGCCCAAGAUCUCCGCUGUUCUUCCACCAGACGAAGACCACUUCCCACUGCACUUCAACGACAAGGUGGAGGCGAGCGUGAUGGAAAUGCUGAGAAGAUCCAGACACCAGCUAUACACCGGCGCCCCGGCCACAGGCCGCCUGCUGGACGCUCAGAUCGUUCUGGACGUGUCGUGGGAGAAGCUCAACACGGGAACGUGGCGCCACGUGGACAAGGAGUGGCGCCGGGUCUACUCAUACGGGUGCCUCUUCAAAGUAUGCGCCCUGUGCGGAGCGGAACCUUCGGAGGAUAAUCUUCUGCAGGCCAUGCGCACCUGUGACAUGGGUUUGCUCAUGGGCGCCGCCAUCAUGGACGAUCGACUACAAGUUCUGGUUGGGAUUCUGCAGAAAAAAAUCAAGAAAGACAACAGAAAUGAAGGCGGGAGAAAGCAUACGGAGCGAGAGCAUACACAGGCCAAGAGGCUGAAGUUGGUACUGCCAGAUGUUCCGCUGAUCGGAGAAGAUCAGGCAAUUCCCAGAGUAAAAUGCCCGUCUCUGGAGAGCUUCAAGAAGAACUACCUGCUCCCUUCCAAAGCGGUCCUCUUGGAGGGGACCAUCGAUCACUGGCCUGCCCUCAACCAGCACCCCUGGAGCUUAGAAUAUUUAAGGUCGGUGGCGGGGUGUCGCACCGUCCCCGUGGAGGUGGGCUCCAGGUACACGGACGAGGAGUGGUCCCAGACGCUGAUGACGAUCGACGAAUUCAUCGACCGCUAUAUUUUAAAACAGCGCGAGACCCGGCAGGAGGGGGCAACACCUAUAUGCGGCUAUCUGGCUCAGCAUCAGCUCUUCGAGCAGAUACCAGAGUUGAAGGACGACAUCCGAAUUCCUGAUUACUGCUGCCUGUGUGACGGCGACGAGGACGACGUGACCGUCAAUGCCUGGUUCGGGCCCGCCGGGACCGUGUCGCCCCUCCACCAGGACCCCCAGCACAACUUACUGGCGCAAGUAGUGGGAAGCAAAUACGUCCGCUUGUACUCGCCCGAAGACUCGGACAAGCUCUACCCACACUCGUCUCAGCUCCUCCACAACACAAGCCAGGUGGACGUGGAGAAUCCGGACACAGAACGCUUCCCGGAGUUCUCCAAGGCUCCGUACCGGGAGUGCGUGCUGCAGCCCGGAGACGUGCUCUUCAUCCCGGUGCAACACUGGCACUACGUGCGCUCGCUGGAGCAAAGCUUCUCCGUCAGCUUCUGGUGGUCCUGAUUUGGGCAAACGACAGAAAAUGAAAUGAGUUAUUCCAAUACCACCAUGGAGGAGGCGUCCACGUCGUGCAUGCGCUCGGCCACGAAGAAGCAGAGCGUGCCGCUGAAGCCCAGCACCACCAUGAGGAGGAGCUGCCACAUUAGCAGCGUGUUGCCGCUGUAGAAGAACGCCAAUGCUGCGAAAACCGACUGAACAACACAAGAGCCAAGGAAAAAAAAAAACAGUUGAUAUAAAAAAAGUUUAAAUAAAGAAACAAUUGUUGAUUCAAUAAGAAAGAGAAAUGAACGCUGUUCUUUCAUAUAGCGCUUGUAAAACCAAGUAUUACUUCACAGCAACACAAAACCUUCAAGCAUUUUUAGUUUAUGCAGUAGAAAAAAAACCCAAUCCAAUAACAAAUAGAAUCUGAAUUAAACUUUGUUUAUCUUGACUUAAUGCUGGUGGGAGAAGGACGAAGAACAGUAAUUCUUCUGCUACUCUGACUCACUAUGAUUAAUAAUAGUCACUCUGUGGAGGAUAAAGAAUAUAUGCCAGUGAGGGUUAAGUUGUCUACAAUCUGCUGCUGUUCAAAUGUGUCUUGCUCAAAGGUUUCAACGCUAACCCUUAUCAUGUCAAUAGCAUUUGACAUUAACAUUAGGUUAGUGGGCUAUUCUUAACGUUGUUUUAAACACACAACGUACAUAAAAUCCUCUUUGUGUGUUUGGCAGUAAAUAAACAGCAUGGCAUUAAACA